AAGCUUUACAUAGAUUAUUUGUGUCUUUGACAUGAAAAUCAAUCCCAUCGUUCGAAAACUUGAAUCGCACAAUACUUUCAUUGGUUUAUUCCAUAGCUACAGACCUGUCUCGUGUGGAUACGCUUGUUGCGCAGGCUCGUAUCGAUUGCUUGCUCAGCUGAUACAUCUGCUGCUGCAUUUCACAGUUCUGCUCCGCUUAAAGCGCGUAUUUUUUUGACAUCCAAGUGUAGCUGUUUUUUUAUGGCUCUGCAGUGUGCAAGCAUUAUCUCAUUAUCUCAUUAGCUCGUUAUCAGUGGACUCUGUACUUAUAUCGGUAAUACCCGAUAAUUACAUCCACGUGGAAAAUUUUUUUUCACGCAUGCGUUUUUCAACUUGUGUCAAGGAAACUGAAACAAGUACUCGACAUUUCCUUUAUAAUUGCAACAGUGCUCCACACUGCACAGGAUAUAGCCAACAAUGCCGAUAUGGCAUGGAAUUUCUCGACGUACGCAGGUCAAGAGGUAUACGAAGAAGUGCAGUUGUAGAUGGUGAGAAACGGACGGCAUGUUUUCCAAAGAAAAGUCAUGAGAGCUUUCUCGCCCUCGUCGGAUACGAGUUCCGUAUACACCAGCGCCGACGAUGCACGCCGGUGCACCGACUAUGAGAGGAGUCAGUUCCUCGGCUUAGAGAAUAUCGGAACUGCCUGGCUCCUUGGCUCGCAUUCUUCGCACGAUAGAACGAAACGAGUACUCGAGAGAUUUAAAAUAGACAAAUCUCGAUUUCGCGUACAACAUGUAAUCAUAAUUGGCGCCGUCGUAGCCGCGUUAAUAAUUGCCAUAAUCAUCGGUCUGUGCGCAUACGCACGUAACAUCACGUCGGACCCGCGAAAUGAUGAAUAUCUAGUGCCGCCCGAUCCAGAAAGCUUCCAGCCACCAUCGUGGAGCAAGUUGAGAACUUUCAAACGCGGUGCCGUUUGCGCGGACGGAGCACCAUGCGCCGUUAUCGGCAAAUCAAUCCUGGAACGCAAUGGAUCGGCGGUGGAUGCUGCGUUGGCCGCGCUAAUAUGCAACGGACUCGUGAACAUGCAAAGUCUAGGUCUCGGCGGUGGAUUUAUAAUGACGAUUUAUCAAAGAUCCACGCGUCGGGCCUUCGUUCUCAAUGCAAGAGACCGCGCACCUUUGGCCUCAAAUUCUACGAUGUACGAUGGCAAAUCCGCAAAUGCAUCUUCGCUCGGUGCACUGGCGGUUGCCGUGCCCGGCGAACUGGCCGGUUACUGGGAAGCUCAUCAACAAUUCGGUAGAUUGCCAUGGGCAGAUUUGUUCAAACCGAGCAUCGAGCUCUGCGAAAAGGGCUACGUCCUGACAUUAGUGCAAUAUGACGGCCUUGCGUAUAAUAAGAAAAGCAUUUAUAAUGAUCCAACUUUAAGAGAACUAUUUGUCGAUCCCGCAACUAACAAAUUCCGUAAACCAGGUUCCGUUAUUAAACCCUACGCGCUUUGUGAAACGCUGCGGAUUAUCGCCGAAAAAAAUGCGACUGAAUUUUAUAACGGUACGAUCGGACGACUUCUCGUUAAUGAUUUGCAAGAACAAGGAGGAAUCAUAACGAUGAAAGAUCUUAACGAGUACAGAGUUUCAUGGGAUCAACCGAUACAGACAAAUCUUUCGAGCGGAAUAAAACUUUUGACUACAGGAAUACCCGGUGGUGGAGCUAUUCUCUCGUUUAUUCUCAACGUCUUCGACGACUACGGCUUCACGCCGGCCAGCAUAGCUGAUUUUAACGCGACAAUCCUCACGUAUCAUAGAAUGAUAGAGACGUUCAAAUAUGCGUUCGCGUUAAGGACGAAUCUGGGCGACGGAGCUUUCAUCGAUAUGACCGAGAUAACCAGAAACUUAACGUCGAAAAGUUUCGCGCACGCGAUACGAGAGAAAAUAGAUGAUACAAAAACGUGGCAGGAUCCACGGCACUAUGGUUCUCCUAACUAUGCUAUUGUUGAAGAUCACGGUACCGCGCACGUGUCAGUGCUGGCACCGAAUGGCGAUGCAGUAUCGGCUACCAGCACCAUUAACUUUUAUUUUGGAAGCGGAAUAGUCAGCAGAAGAACCGGCAUUUUGUUAAACAACGGCAUGGACGACUUCAGCAUUCCGUCGCAGUUCAAUUAUUUCGGUAUGCCGCCAAGCCCCAACAAUUAUAUCGCACCUAAAAAGCAGCCAUUGUCCUCGAUGGUGCCGUCCGUUCUGAUCGAUCGGCACGGUGAUGUCAAGAUGGUCAUGGGUGCCGCCGGUGGUACGAGAAUUUCCACGGCAGUGUCACAAGUGACUGCAAAGAUACUUUGGAUGAAGCAAACAGUCAAGGAGGCGGUGGACUCAGCAAGAAUACAUCACCAGCUAUUUCCGUCAAAGCUGUCUUACGAGUAUGGGAUCCCUAAGCAGGUGGUCGACGGUCUGAAACGUUUGGGACACGUCGCGGAACGUUACAGGGUCCGCGGCAGUGUAGCCUGCUUCAUACUGUACGAAAAUUCCACAAUUUUUGCCAACGCCGAUUACCGCAAAGGCGGCGACGUCUACGGAAUCGAUUGAUUCACGUGCGUUCACAUCACCUUGUCGAUCCAGCCGUCACCUUGCGGCACAAAUCUUUCGUGAAGAAGGAUAACCGACGUUUUUUUGUUCAAACAGCGCCGAACGUUUCUUCGUGAUUAUCAUAAACAUCGACGUACGCGAUCGAUCUUUUUAUCAUACGCAUCAAUAUUAUCGUUCAAUAUAACUUUUACGUCUUCUCGCUCACUAAUCGCAUUUUAUCCAUGCAUCGCUCUUCCUUCCAACAAUAUCCACGUAUCUCGGAUUUAUUAUCCUCCCUUGAACCUUCAUGAUAUUUAUUUAUGCAAAACAGAUAACAAUGUAAGUACAUGGAAACUGACGAGUUUCUUUUUCACAAUUAUAAUAUUCGAUUCGAAUUUUCAGCGCAACUGUUCGAUAUUUCGUGGACGUGACACUACUUAUUGAAAACCUCUAGUCUUGCCAUGCUUUUUAUAGGCAUAGAGCCUUGAUGAAAUGCCGCGAUUUAUUUCCCGUUUUAAAUUACUCCACGUAUCAGAUGUUCCACCUCAAUUACCAUCGUCGCACAUCCCAAAUGAGUCUUUGCAAAAUUUCCUAAAAAAUUUUUCUGUUAUAAUUUUUGUACCAGUAAUCUUUUCACUCAAUAAAAAUGUAUUUUAAUAAUA